GGAAGUCUGACAAAUAGAAAAUACUACCAAGUGAAGAGAAAAUUUACUUCACAAGAACUGAGUGAACUACUUUUAAAAGCAAUUAACUGAUUAGUGUCAAAACUUUUUUUAAUUCUGUUGUGGUAAAAUUACUAGCUUAAAACUGGAAAAAAUGAAACAAUUAAAAAGAAAAAGGAAAAGCAAUUUUAGUGUUCAGGAAACGCAAACUCUCCUUAAGGAAAUCAGAAAAAGGAAAGAAGUACUCUUUUCCAAGCAACUUAAUACAACAAUUAAUGAGAUGAAACGAAAAGCUUGGGAGGAAAUAGCAGAAUGUGUGAAUGCUGUAGGGGAAGGAGAGCAAAGAACAGGGACAGAAGUGAAAAGACGGUACCUUGAUUGGAGAGCACUCAUGAGGAGAAAACGUCUGAACGCAAACAUCAAAGUAGUAGGUGCUGGGUUUCACUUUCCUUCAUCUGAUUUAGAUGAUUCUCUCAAUGAAGAUAUGGAUGAGAAAAUGGGAUUUGCAAAUGAAAGUAGUUUUGAAUGGCAAAAUGUCACUGACUUGAGAGAAGCAGGUGGACCUUUAACAGAAGUCAAAGUAGAAGAGGAUCCACAGAAUUUUGAAUUUCCUAUUCAGGAAGAAGAAGAAAUUUUGUCAUCAGUUUUGCCAGAUUCAAAAAAGGAAAAUGACCUCCCAGAUUUCACUCACAUUGAAGAGUUUGGAAAUCUAAGCUCUGCUCAAGCUAGGCUAGUCUACGAAGAUUCUCACUUGCUUAUAAAUCUGGAGAAGCAGAAGGUAGAGCUGGAGAAACAGCGACUAGACAUUGAAGCUGAAAGGCUGCAGGUGGAAAAGGAGCGCCUGCAAAUAGAAAAAGAACGGCUACGGCACGUCGACUUGGAGCAUGAGAGACUUCAACUGGAGAAGGAGCGACUUCAGAUUGAGCGAGAGAAACUGAGGCUAGCAACUCUGCGUGCUGAAAAACCUGCCCUAGAAAAUGACCUUGCUCAGACAGAGAAACCCAUCAUGCAGCCUCUGGAUCUAGAAACUGAAAAGCUAAAGCUGGAGAAAGAACGAUUGCAGUUGGAGAAAGAAAGGUUGCAGUUCUUAAAGUUUGAGUCAGAGAAGCUGCAGAUUGAGAAGGAACGCUUGCAAGUGGAAAAAGAACGUCUUAGAAUUCAGAGGGAGGGUCACUUGCAGUGAACUCUAAGCAUAAAGUGAGUGUUUUGAUGUUUGUAAAAUAGAGGUAGUUUUUUUUUUUUUUCUUAAUACUGAAACUGUCCUAGAGGCUUAAUGUUCUUUUGUCCAGAAUUGAAUGUUGAUGAUUAACUUUUAAAAAGAGAAUAGUGCUCAAAUAAGUCAGUGUGUCUACAUAAAUGGAGCUUAUGUAUGAAGUUGCUUUUCAGUAUAUUGGAGCAAAAUGUUAUGUUCACUUGUCUUCAGUAUUGUAUUGUAGUUUGGUGUCCUCUUCCCACAGAUGCACUG